AUGGCAGCCUUGGAGGUGAAGAACAGCCUCCUCGCAAACCCGCUCGCAACCCCUGAGCAGCUAUCAAUCUCAUCAUCCCAACUCGAUGGCGUUCCAGCAGAUCUCGAGAGAUCAAUCAUUCACGCAGGUCAGAAACUCAUUCAAUAUGCGGGGAUACUACUUCGUCUCCCGCAGGAGAUUAUAACCCAAGCGAUUGUGAUCUUCACGCGGUACUGGGUCGGGGCCGAAGGGGGUAGUCUUCUUGAUAUACACGGAGCGAAAGAUAUAUCCGCCGCAUCUCUCUACCUCACAACCAAAGGCUCCCUAUCCCCCCUCUCCCCUCGCAGCAUCCUCACCGUCUACGCGUACCUCUCCACCCUCCCCUCCCUCUUCCUCACCCCCCGCAACCUCCCCAGCGCCCCCGACCCAUCCACCUACCACCUCACCGAAGGUGACCUCCAACGCCGCCGCCUUGCCCUCUUCUCCGCCGAAUCCAAGCUCCUCACCACCCUCGGCCACCACUUGCACGUCGCUCUCCCGCACGCGCUCGCACUCACCUACCUACAAUCCCUCUCCGUGCUCACCGGAUUCUCCCCGCAAGGCGCCGCCGUCGCGAAACGCGCGUUCAAGCACCUCAACUCCUGUUUGUUCAACCCCCAGUCGCUGUACCUCACGCAGCAGCCGAGCGCGCUGGCGACGGCGGCGAUCUACCUGGCGGCGAAGGAGGUGGGGGUUAGGUUGCCGGAGUGCGAAUGGUGGGAGGUGUUUGAUGUGGAGAGGGAGGAGUUGGGUUUUUUGGUGGUAGCGAUGGUGAGUUUUAAGGGGUGGGUGGAGGGGGAGAGGGAGAGGUGGGGGGAGCGGAGGGUACCGUUGACGAGGGAGGAGAUUGUGGUGGAGAUGGGGAGGCGGGAGGGUGGUGUGGAGGAGGGAUGA